AUGCCCUCCUCCUCCUCCUCCUCCUCCUCCUCCUCCUCCUCCUCCUCCUUCUUCUUCCUCCUUCUCCUCCUCUUUCUUCUUCCUCUUCUUUCCGCACUCCUAAUUCGCCCUAAUCCCGCUGUUUUGCCUCCUGCUAUGGGUCUUGCGUGGAUGUUACAGGGUUUAAAUACGACGGAGCCCGGGGGGUGCGAAAGAUUCCCGAAAAGACCACGCGUCUGUUUGCAUAUGCAGGGCAUAUUGACUUGCAAAAUUGCGCUAACCUCACCAAAGAAGCGGUUUUACAUUGAAUGGAACACAGGUCGUAGGGCAGUGCCGUGUUCUGAAUGAGGGGUUAAAUAGGAAUAGAUGGAGGUAAUGUACUCAAAUGUCCAGAGGUAUUUUGACGAAAUGGAUCAACUCGAGAAGUUGGCAAGAUCUUAUUUCGAAGCCGUACCUGUCACGGGUAAGGCAUUAAGUGUUAGCGUUAUAGGUUGGGGUUAGGGGUCAGAGUAACGUGUUAAUGUUGGUGGUUAGGGUUAGGAGUUAGCGGUUAUGGUAAGAGGUUGGGAUUAAGCAUUAGGCGUCGGACUGGGGCAUGUCUACUGCAGGCACGGCUACGAAAUGGGAUCCGACGAGAAGUUAUUCGAGGAGCACACACCAGCUUUCAUCGCUUUGACAGAAGCAUGGUCUUCUGAAGCCAUUGAAGAACAUGAGGUAUGCAUCUGAAUUUACAAACACUUCAGAAGAGACGGGAAAAGGCGAAGAGUAGGCGAUCACUGUUCAUGUAAACUCUCAUUUACCCGCACUCUCCUAGCAAAACUCCACACCGGAAGGGGAAUUUUUAUGUUCCAAUAUAUCCUCGCGGUAUCUAACCUUUACGGUUAAAUACUGUCCGCAUACCAGAUUGUCGAACAGUAUGCUUGAACCCGAAGGUUGUGCUUGUUGGAGAUUUCGAGCUUUCAACGUUGGCUGACAAGGUUGGACUGUUUUAGGUCGAGCGGGCACAUUCGGCCCUUAUUUUCUCGAGAUGGCAACGGAAAGGCUACUGUACUCUAACACUCGGGGGCAUGUUCAGGAAGGACAACGUCCAGAAUUCCUAUACCUUGUGAUCACCAAAGAUAUAGAAAGUGUUCUGAACCUACAAGAUCUCCCAUCAAGGGGUUCUUGUUAUUUGAUUUUCUUCGAAUAUUCCAUUUUCUGUUAGCUUAUAUCAUCCAAUCAAUUAAAACACAAAUUUGGAAUAGAAACGUCCUACAGAUUUUGAGGCCACUUUCAGCAAUUUCGUGGGUAAUUACAUUGGAGGAACAGGUAACGAAUAGCAAACUUCGUUCAGUGCGUUUGUGAAAUAAUUAUUUAUCCUUUUUUCCCCACACAGGCGUAAGACACCCGACAUGGAUAAGUGGGAAAAUUCGGACCGCCUUUAA